AUGAAUACAAAUAUUAAUGUUAAUGGUAGUAAUUACCACCCAUAUAUUAGAGAUUAUAACAACGAAAACAAUAAUAAUAAUAAUGGAAGGAAUAAUAAUACCAACAAUAAUAAUAAUGGUCGUUAUAAUAAUAAUAACAAUAAUAACAACAAUAACAACAAUAACAAUUAUAAUCUAAAUAUGAAUAGUACUGGUGGAAGUGGUGGCAGUGGUAGUUCAUACAGUUACAGUAGAAGUGUAAAUAGAAAUGGUGUAAACUAUAAUAUGAACUAUAAUAACAACAAUGGUUAUAACAAUAAUAAUUUUAAUAAUAAUUAUAAUGGUCAAAACUAUAAUGGUAAUUUUAAUUACAACAACAACAAUAAUAAUCUCAAUUAUAAUUAUAAUAAUAAUAAUAAUCAUUACAUUGGAAGUGGAACCAACAAUAAUAAUAACAACAAUAAUAAUAACAACAACAAUAAUAACAACAAUAACAACAAUAAUAAUAAUUUUAACUAUAAUUAUAAUAGAAAUUUUAAUAAUAACAAUAAUAGAGGUUAUGGAAAUAAUAGAAAUAUUAAUAUUAAUAAUAACAACAACAAUAGACUUUUACAAAAUCAAAAUCAAAAUCAACAAAAGUAUUACUUUAAAUCAUCAUUUCUUGAAGACCCAUGGAAGAAAACCCAACAUCCGUUACCAGAUAAUUGCAUAGUACCACAUGAUGGAAAUAGUAAUGUUACAGUAACAGUAACACCAAAUAGUUAUUCCUAUUCAUCAUCUUCAAGUUCAAUUCAGCCAUUUAAUGAUGAAAACGAAAUAACCAUUGAUAGUGAUGAUGAAAAUAUCGAUAGAACUAGUAACAAUAACAACAAUAAUAACAACAACAAUAAUAAUAGUUACAACGUAAAUAUCUGUAGAAACAAUUCAAAUUUUAAUGUUAAUGAAAAUAAUGGUGGCGAUAACAAUAAUGAUAACAAUAAUGAUAAUGAUUCUUAA